UAAAAACCUACCACAUGACCAAGCCAUGACAGUCUAUGCUGUUUUUCUGGAAGCCCAGAAAUCUGUUUUGAUUGUGUUGCAGUUAUGUAUCUGUUGCUUUCCUUUAGUACGUGUAGUGAUAGAAGAAAUGGGGUAUGUGAAGACUCGUGAUGAUGAUGAGACUGCAAAUCUCAUCUGGAGUGAUAGUGCUGUGCAGCAGGAAAAGAUUGCAGAACUUCGAAACUAUCAGAGAAUCAACCAUUUUCCAGGAAUGGGCGAGAUCUGUAGGAAAGAUUUCUUAGCAAGGAACAUGACCAAAAUGAUUAAAUCUCAGCCUCAGGAAUAUAGUUUUAUUCCUCGAACAUGGGUCUUCCCAGCAGAGUAUACACAAUUCCAGAACUACGUAAAAGAACUCAAGAGGAAACGAAGACAAAAAACAUUCAUAGUUAAACCAGCUAAUGGGGCAAUGGGACAUGGGAUCUCUCUUACAAGAAAUGCAGAGAAGUUGCAUUCUCAAGAACACCUUAUAGUCCAGGAAUACCUUGACAAGCCCUUUCUUAUGGAAGGCUACAAAUUUGAUUUAAGAGUGUACAUUCUGGUGACUUCUUGUGAUCCAUUAAAAAUAUUUUUAUAUCAUGAUGGGCUAGUAAGAAUGGGCACAGAGAAGUAUCAUCCCCCCAGUGAAUCAAAUCUGAGCCAGUUGUACAUGCAUCUGACAAACUACUCCGUGAAUAAGCAUAAUGAGCGUUUUGAACGGGAUGAAACAGAAGAUAAAGGCAGUAAGCGCUCUAUAAAGUGGUUUACUGAGUUUCUGCAAACAAAUCACCUUGACGUUUCCAAAUUCUGGAAUGAUAUUUCAGAAUUAGUGGUGAAGACACUCAUAGUAGCAGAGCCACAUGUCCUUCACGCCUACCGUAUGUGUAGACCAGGGCAAUCUCCAGGAAGUGACAGUGUUUGCUUUGAAGUUCUGGGAUUUGAUAUUCUCCUUGACAGAAAACUCAAGCCAUGGCUCUUAGAGAUUAAUCGAGCCCCAAGCUUUGGUACUGACCAAAAGAUAGACUAUGAUGUGAAGAAAGGCGUUCUGCUGAAUGCAUUAAAGCUGCUCAAUAUAAGGCCAAGCGAUAAAAGAAAAAAUUUAGCCAAGCAAAAAGCAGAAGCCCAGAAGAGACUUUAUGGCCAAGGUUCAAUGAAAAGGCUCUCACCAGUAUCUUCUGACUGGGAGAAACAGCGUCGCUCACUAGAAAGAAGGCGAGAGGAACUGAAAGAGAGACUUGCACAAGUCCGCAGGCAAAUCUCUAAAGAAGAACAUGAAAAUAGGCACAUGGGAAAUUACAGGCGUAUUUACCCACCUGAUGACAAGCUACUACUUGAAAAAUAUGAAGGUUUGUUAGCCGCUGCCUUUCAGACCUUCCUUGCUGGGAGAGCAGCAUCCCUUCAACGGGAGUUGAACAACCCUCUAAAGAAGAUGAAGGAGGAGGACAUAUUGGAUCUUCUGGAACAAUGUGAACUGGAUGAUGAGAAACUAAUGGGAAAAACUGUCAGGCCACGUGGACCGAAGCCCCUGUAUUCCAUGCCAGAGAGUGCACAGUUCAUGAAGAAAAGCAAGAACUACAGCAGCAGCAGCAGCAGCUGUGAAAGUAGCAGUGACAUUUCUGAAUGGGAAGAGGAAGCUGAGAAAGAAGAUGAGAAUGUGAAGAAAGAGAAAAAUGUUUCAUUUGAUCUUGAAGAUAGGAAAUUAAUUGAGCGAUCCAGCAGAAUGCACUGGAAGCGGCCUCUCAAAAAAGUCCCAUCUUUUGCAUCUGCCACACCACUGGCAGGCCCUAUCAGGCGUUCUGUAAGCUGCCCUCGAUCCAUUUCAGGCUUGAAUAUACAAGCUGCUGAAAAUCGCCCGUUCUCAGCCAAGCCAGUUGUACAGCUUUCUCGUCCAUCUUCUGUGAGUAGGUCACACUCUUUAAACAGAGGUUCAUCUACAGUCAAAAUGUCUCACACUGCCAACUUGGGUACUGUGCAUUCUUCUGUGACUGAACUGCAACAGAGAACAAAAGAGCAAGAGGAGUCUUUAACAAAGGAGACGCUAGUAAUUUUCAGUGAUAUGAAGAUCCGAUUCCCAGGGAAAACGAAUGAAGAAGCAGAAUUAAUAAUUGAAGAUAUUAUGGAUAAUUGGAAAUACCAUAAGUCAAAAGUGGCCUCAUAUUGGUUAAUAAAACUCGACUCUGUAAAACAGCGAAAGGUUUUAGACAUUGUGAAAGCAAGCAUUCGUUCCGUUCUGCAGCGUAUCUGGAGAGUUUCAGAUGUUGAAUGUUUACAUUUGUACCGACUUUUUAACCGUGUGUUUAAUCGCCUGCUGUGGAGCCAUGGCCAGGGGCUGUGGAACUGUUUCUGCAAUUCAGGGAGCUCAUGGGAGACCAUAUUCAGUAAAAGCACAGAAGCGGUGACUGCGGAUCAACUCCAGUGUUGCCAACGAAUAGUUGAGCUUUGUAAACAGUGCCUGCUAGUGGUUUACAAAUACUCUUCUGAUUCUAGAGGGUCCCUCACUGGAACAAACCCAGACUGGGAUGACUCAAGGACUGUUGUCUUAGAUGGAGCUUUUUGAUCACUGGGUUAACUUGUGGAUGUCUGUGCUAAGGUCAUGAUCAGUAAGAGAUGCAAAAUUGCCAAUAUUCUACCAUAUGGAAAAUCUGGUAAGUGGAAAAAAAAAGAUUGUUUCUCAAAGAUUUUGGACCUUGCAAAAUGGAAUAAUACAACAUCAUUAGCCUUGCCUGAUUCUUUAUAAAUCAUCUCAGUUCCUUAGAGCUUUUUCGGACCUUUCAGUGAUUGCCAGGACAAGCAGAAGGAAAAUUACUAUUUCCACAUGAAAAAUUGCUCCUUCCAUAUUGUAGCUAAUUUAUAGAUAGCUUCUAGCCACCAGGGUUGAGGAGCCUGUGAUAUUCCAGAUCUCGCUCAACUACAAUUCCCAUCAUCUAUGACCACUGAUCAUGCUGGUUGGGGCUGAAUAUCUAGAAAGCCACAGAUGUUUACUUGAAAUUAUUUAAUCUGGACUUAGACUUACUCCUUGUAGAUAGAUCUGUCCAUGGCUACCUAGUCACCUUAGCUCAAAGUUCAGUAGAAAUUUGCUUUAAGCAUCUGGAACAUUGGUCUGAUCCAGUGGAGCUCUUACAUUCUUAGAUUUUUGCAUUUUUUUCAGAAGCAGCAACAUAUGGGUAGAAAUUGGUUCCUUAGAAAAGUUUAUCCUCACAUAAAUCACUGUCUGUUUGAAUAUCACAGAAAUGCUACCAUUGAGAUGGCGCAUACUUUAAUUGUUCCUUAGCCAAGUUUAGAAGAAUGAUACCACUCAGAAGCUGCUUUGCUCCAGUGAUAGCUCUGAAGAAGUAUUGUUCUGUCUGGGAAUAUGAUGCUAUGUGUCCCAGACGGCCAUCCUACAACUUCCAGAGCUAGGUGUGGUGUCUUUUUCAUCAGCAACCAGAGGCCAAAACCAUAGAGCCUCCUGGCAAGAGUGGACCAGUGCCGCUGUUGCCAGGCUGCUAACCAGAGAGCACUAUUGUCAGCUGCCAUUUGGUACAGUUGUCAGAGGUGCCCAUGCUCUCCUGCCUCCUUCCCUAAAGAUCUUUGUGGCAGGAAGGAGCAAUCUGGUUGACACUUGUGGAGAGCAACACUGCUUCAUUGAUUCCCCCACUGCCACAGCGGGAAGCAGCUGGGUGGUGGUGCUCAGUUGUCGGAGCUGCACACCACAGUCGCUUGCUUCAUGCUGCUCCUCCCACAUGAGUGGCAGGGUGAGAAGUAGCUGAGUGGUGAUGGCUGUGCUUGUUGGAGGCCACAUGGGGCAAAAGCAGGCUCCAGGUUGGAGAAGCCUCUCCGGCAAGCCAGAGCAAGGAAGAGGGGACCACUGCCACCUCCCCUUCGUUGCUGCUGUCCAGCUGCUUCUUGCCCCUGCCACUGGCCUGUGGGCUUGCAUGAAGCUCUUCACUUUGGCAAGUGCAAAGCGGCAGAGGGGGAAUCAAUUCAGCAGGGCUGCUCCUUAGAGGAAAAAUGGCAAGAAGUGAAUGUAACAAUAAACAAAUUAGCCUUGUUGCUGCACCACCCCUGGAUGCCACUCAUCCCAUCUGGAGGUAAAAUAAAUUAAGGCAUGCAAAAUAUGUCAUAUAGUACAGGAACAAAGAGGUGCAAACAUGUAGAGUGUACAAGGCCCUCUAUUUAGAGUUCACGCUUAGGCAUGUUUAUUUAUUUAUUU